CGCUGUGUUUCUGCGGCUGCGCGUUGACGGUCAGCUGACAAAUGUUUGCAGCUUCAGUUUGCACGGCAGUGAAAUCAAACACCUGCGCGAAUAAUCGCCAUCAGCGCGAUGAGUACCGGUGGCACACCUCGAUCAUUGCCGUCAUCCGGGCAGAAAUCCCUUCAGGACAUCAGUCACCCGCUGUCCGCGGAGGAGGCAGUGCGCAGCUGCAGCCCUGAUAUACUGAACACUAACAGCACUGGAGAGAAGGACCUGAGCUUACCCAAUGGGACCCCAGUUGACACAUCAAGCCCUGCCUCCUCUUCUUCACUGUUAAACCGACUUCAGUUAGAUGAUGAUUUAGACGGAGAGACACGCGACUUGUUUGUGACUGUAGAUGACCCAAAAAAACACGUGUCCACUAUGGAGACCUAUAUCACCUACAGAGUGUGUACAAAGACCUCAAGAACAGAGUUCGAUUUGCCCGAAUACUCAGUAAGACGACGCUACCAGGACUUUGACUGGCUGAGGAACAAGCUGGAGGACAGUCAACCCACCCACCUUAUUCCACCUCUACCUGAGAAGUUUGUUAUGAAGGGAGUGGUGGACCGUUUUUCAGAAGAGUUUGUGGAGACCAGGAGAAAGGCACUGGACAAGUUCCUCAAACGUGUAGCAGACCAUCCGGUUCUUUCUUUCAACGAACACUUCAAUGCCUUUCUUUCAGCAAAGGAUUUGAAUAAGCGUCAAGGCCUUGCUCUGCUGACUAAAAUGGGCGAAUCUGUGAAAUAUGUGACUGGAGGUUAUAAACUGAGGAUGCGCCCGGUGGAGUUUGCAGCCAUGAGCGAGUAUCUGGACGUGUUCACACAGAAGCUGGGCACCCUUGAUAGGAUAGCACAGAGAAUUAUCAAGGAGCAGUCAGAGUACCUAAUGGAACUGAGGGAAUAUGGUCCUGUGUACUCUUCCUGGGCGUCUUUUGAGGGGGAAUUACAUGAACCUCUAGAAGGGGUUGCAGGGUGUGUUUCCAACUGCUCCAGUGCCCUUGAUGAACUCACAGAGGACAUGAGCGAAGAGUUUCUUCCCGUCCUUAGAGAAUACGUUCUCUAUAUUGAGUCUAUGAAGAAUGUUCUUAAAAAAAGAGAUCAGGUCCAGGCUGAAUAUGAAACAAAGCUAGAGGCUGUUGUGUUCAGAGAGGACAAAAAGACGCCGGUACCCACUGAUGUGGAGAAAUGUCAGGAUCGUGUGGAGUGCUUCAACGCUGACCUGAAGGCUGACUGGGACCGCUGGCAGAACAACAAACGGCAGGACUUUAGACAGCUGCUGAUGGGCAUGGCCGACAAAAACAUCCAAUACUACGAGAAGUGCCUUGCAGCAUGGGAGUCCCUGAUUCUGCAGUUACAAGACAAGCAGGAAGCAAAAUGUGAAACAAACUGAACAUAUAUUUCAUCAGGUUCCUCUGCAACUUCUAAGCUAAGAAAUUUAUGACCCUGUGAGGAGGGUGUGCCCUUGGACCUUUUCCACCACAAUAAAUAUAUUUAACGGGGCAUCCAGAAAAGGGACGCAAACGGAGUGGACAAGCUACAAGAAAUCCAUUUUGUAACAUGUCUCUAUUUGUGAAACCCCAUCCAAACCCCCUUCCUCUCUUUCUGGCAGUGUUUGCAAGAAGAUGUCAUUUAUCUCAUCUCCAGCCAGUGCCAGAUCUGAAGAACAACGGUUCUGAGAACUUGAACUGUUUGCAGCAUGGAGGGAAAGACAGGAAAGGGGAAGUUUUCGGUGGUGUCAAAAAUUUGGUGUUUUUAGUGAAAUGUUUGCCAAUAAUUAUUUUGUAAAUGCUUGUUUCAAAUCUGCCUGGUUAAAGGAACAAAUAUGUCAGUGUUUUCGUAUAUAUAUAUUUUUUAAUCAAUUAAAAGUUAGCUGAAGGUUUGCCAACAUUCCUCUUGCCAAAGAUGUGUAAUUGAAGUUGGACUUUUUAUUUCAGACAUUUUUGCUUUUUUCAGAGAAUCCUUGGACAUUGGCAUCAUGCUUGCCUGUAAUGGCAGCUUUCUCAUACUUUGAAUUAAGGUCACAGAGUUGAAAUGAUGUUUUGCUAGAUAUACUUGACCUCAUUAAAUAUUUAUGAGAA